AUGCCAACCAUGACACGAAUGCAUCGCCACUCCAGCUCCAGCGCCGUGGUGGAGGAAUCACGUGGACGACGUCGUCCCGUUCCCGGUCUCCCGGGCGAUGCCAACAAGGAGAACUUUGGGGUGCACUUUAUGAGCAGUCCCUUUGGUAAUGCCAGCCUGAUUGCUCUCCAGGAUCUGAGCAAUGUCCAUGGCAAGAGUCCGCAGCGUAGAAGCUUCAGCGAGGGCAGUGGUCCACGUCAGGCCACGCCCCAGCUGGCGGCACUUCGUUGCCUGCCACAACGAUCCACCGCUCUCGAGGAUUCACAAUUGUCCUCCUCCCGCAUGGGUGACACCACUUUAGAUCGUAUGUUGGAUGCCAUCAUAGAAUCGGCUAGAAAGGAAGUGCGUUGCAAGGUGGUCCCGGCUCCACCUCCACCCAGUUCCAAUACUAACACGGCGGACAAUGGAGUAGGCGAUGAGUGGAGCGAGACCAGUGUCCAUGAGAUGGAGGUGCGCACACCCACGCACCUGAAGAGACAGCGAGUGGUGCGCCGCAAGAAUCCACAAAAGACCACCGGGCCCAAGUUGAUGGACAAGCAACUGGAGAAGCAGAAGCAGCUGGAGUUGGAGCAGCAACUGGAGCAUGUGCCCAGCACUAAGCGUUGCCUGAGCUUCUCCUCCAGCUCUGGUUCGAAUAACUCCAGCAACGAGGAGGAGGAAGACGAAGAUGGGGAGCAGGAGGAGGAUAACCAAGUGGAGCAGCAGUUGGCCAAGAGGAGUUCCCUAAGUGCCAGGAGCAGUAGCAGCCGUGGCAGUUCCACUUCCAGUUCUAGUUCUCGUGGAGCGGAUGGUAACCACCGGGGAAGCAUUGAUCUGAGCAUUGUCUAUGACACCAAGGAGCAGCAAUUGAAUGUACAUGUGAUUCGUUGCCGGGACUUGCAGCGUUCCCAUGGCAGUGGCUGCAUCAAUGCCUAUGUGAAGGUAUCUCUCUCUGGCCAUGGCCAAGGACACUCAUCAUUCGGGGGCAGCAUGAACUCUGGCUAUCAGCGCACAGCCGUUCAUCGGCAUUCGGGACGUCCUUUCUUUGAUCAGAAAUUCAGUUUUCCUAUUACUGGACCUGGCACUGCUGAUGGCGAGCAUCUUCAGCUGGCUGUGUGGCAUCGGGAUCGCCAUUUAAAACGCAGCGAGUUCCUGGGCUGCAGCACCUUUCCCCUAAGCGAGCUAGUGCAUCCAGAAGCGGCAGCCUCCACCACCACCACCACGGCGGGAUCCUACAAGUUGCUGGCCCAGCCAUGUCCCCCGAACAACAAUAAUCACAAUCACAAUCGUCAGAGCCAAGCGAAAGUCACAGGUCAGGAUCGUCCAAGAGCAGAGCAAGUACAGGAGCAGCAGGAGCUGAAGGAGCCGAAGGAGCAGCCGAAGGAAUCCCUAGAGAUGGCAACGGCUGCCGCAGUGGCAGUGACGCCACAAAAGACGGCCAAUGGUUCGGGCGUGGGUGUGGGCAUUGGAGCCACAACGACAACGUCACUACCUCUCAAUGACGAGAUCAUUAGCAUCAGUAUCGAUAGCAUGGGACGAGAGGAUCCCUUGAUGCCACAACAGCCUCAGCAGCCGAUGAGGCUCAGCAAGAAGGCACUCCAUCAGCGGGAUGCCGAUGAGAAUCUAUUCCUGCGUUUCCUAGAGCUAGAUCCGCCGGCAGAUGGUAAUGCAAAUAGCACAACCAAUGCCAGUUCGGGAGCGGGAACGGGAACGGGAACGGGAACGGGAGCAAGUGCCUCGUCAACGGCCAAGGCCAAUGAGAGUAAUGCCAAUCAUUUGAAUGGAACCAGUGGGAGGCGUCAAUCCACCAUGCCCGGAGCAGGAGGAGGAGGAGCAGGUGGUAGCCAUCGGCAAACGGGACGCACGCCCUUCACAAUGACCAAACGGCUGACAAGGACCGAGGAGCGUGGCUUUGGCUUCUCCAUUGUGUGGACACAUCCACCGCGGGUGGAGAAGGUAGAGGCUGGCCUAUCCGCCGACCGUUGCGGCAUCCUGCCCGGCGACUAUGUGAUCUUCGUGGAUAAGCACAAUGUGGUCACGAUGCCCGAGGCUGAUGUUCUGAACUUGAUACGAUCGCAGGGCUCGGCCUUGACGUUGGAGAUUUUCAGAAGGUCAGGCGCGGGCGCCACCACCAUCAUCACGAAUCUGGGUGGCUCCAAUGCGAAUGUGAGUAGCAGUACCACCACCACCAGCAAUACCCGCCAUCAGAUGCCAGGCAGUCUGGGCGUUGGAGUGGCUCUAGGAUUGGGCAGUGAGGAGCAUGUCACAACCACGACAGCCACGGGAACGGGAACGGGCACUGGCACUGGCACGGGCACAGCUAUGAUGAGCCUGCAGAGAACGGCCAGUUCCCGUAUCCAAGGCUCUGGCCAGAUGGGCAACAGUUUGAGUCGACCGGCCACCGCCUGCUCUGGGACAACCUCAUCGAUUGAGGCGGCCAAGAGGAGGUUACACCUGCCACAGGUCACCUUUAGCAAGGAGGUAGGCAAGGGUGUCAUCGUCUAG